GAUACAUGUACAUCAGAAUCACGCACUACGACAAUAAAAUAAAAAUCGUUGCAUUACAGUAAAAUAGAGCUUUGCAGCCAUAGUGCAAAUGUUAAGAGCUAAAAAUUUUGAAGUAUUGAUUUCGGUGUGAUUUAGCCCUCAUGAAAAGAUAGGUGUUAUCAACCAUGGAUACACUGUCACCAGCUCAAGAUGACAGUUCAGGGGCCAAUCCAAGUAGUGUUAAGAGUGACGAUAGUAGUCCCCAACAUGAGAGCGGCAGAAGUUCGCCACCACCAAAGUGUGCAAUAUGCCUCGGAACAUGUCGCAACAAGUCAUUUACUGAUUCUUGUCUCCAUCAGUUUUGCUUCAAAUGCUUACUCACCUGGAGUAAAGUUAAAGCAGAGUGUCCCCUGUGUAAGCAAAAUUUCAGAUCAAUUAUUCACAAUGUCCGAUCAAACCAUCAGUAUGAGGAAUAUAUGGUGGAACAAAGGCAGACUGAUGAAAUCGCUGAUAGAAUCGAAAUCGACAAUAUCACAACAGCUACUAGAAGAUUUAGAUACAGGACGACGCUGACGCUGCCGCGGCGGGAGACGAUCGCCAUCCAGCAGCUGUUGCUGCACUACCCCAUGAUGGCGGACGUGUUCCCCCCGCCCGCGCACCGUCGCCGCUCCCCCGCCUCCUUCCGUCGUACCGUGUACCGCUACAACUUGUGGGCCAGACCACUGCCUGACUUUACUGGCAGGUUUAGAGACUGUUCGCCUGAAUUUUACAGGUACAAUGACUCUCAAAUGCAUCGGCUAGUACCGUGGCUGAAUAGGGAACUACAUUACUUGUUAAAUGAAAACAUUGGACACAUUUCCUAUGUCAUUGCACGAAUUUUAGAAUUACUCCCUCAGUACCACAUCAACUCGUCCGAGUUCAGAGAGACAUUGCAAAGAUAUUUCGGAGAUAGAACUGAACAUUUUCUCCACGAGUUAUACUGCUUCGCUUCCACGCCCUACGACAUGACCGGCUACGAUCGCAACGUACAAUACACCACGGACACGAGAGUGUCCACGAUGGUCAACGAGGUAAUAUCGAGCUCGGAGUCAGAGGCCAGCGCUGACUCCGACAUCGUCAUGAUCUCAAGUUCCGAGCCGGCCGACCCGCCGCCCGGCCCGUCCCGGGCGCCCGCACCGGCUCGCGUACCGGCCCCCGUCUACCCGCAGAACUAUAUUCCCGAGCCGACGGCCGACAACGUAAUUCCCAUCGAAACGAUAUCUCAGUCAGAUACAGACGACGACUCAUCGGAGGUCAUGGUGGUGGGGUACAUAAAGCCGCCCCAGGACCGAACGCCGGAGGUCGUCGACCUUCUGGGCUCGGACAGCGACGUGAUCGUCCAGGAAAACGCGCCCGCCGAGCCGCCGGGCGACACCACCGACGGUCGGCCCACACCGCUCGUGAAGCUCACGCUCAAGCGGCAGGUGCCGGACUCCGACAGCGACAGCGCCUACACGCCUUCGCCGUCGCCGCCGCGCCCGCGCCGCCGCCUCGGCUCCGCGCAUUCGGCCAGCACGGCCAGCACGGCCGACACGCGCCGCACCACGCCCUCCCGCGAAGGCCGCUCCUCCGUCACAUCCUACGCCUCCACUUCCUCUUCCCCCACCUCCUCGUCCUCCUCCACGAACCCCUCUAGCGACUCCGACUGUUCGAGGACCGAGAACAAAAGGAAGAAGUCUCGGAGGAGAAUCGGGUACACCGAGAGAAAUAGGAGGAAACAGAAAAAACUUUCUCAUCGCAGAACCAAAAAGUCUCCUACCACUCCGGCCGGGCGAGAGAAGCGAAGUAAACGUAAGUCCCACUCCGGAAAGGGCGUCAAGUCCACGAAGAAGUCAAGCGAGGCUGUUCCCGCCACGGCGUGCGAGGAGCCGCCGCUGCCGAAUCUAGACCAGCCCGGCACCAGUGGGACCUCUAGAAAUAAUAAACGUAAGUUAGAAAAUAAUGUUAAUCGUCGCAGAUUAAGCCGCGAGAGCAAAAGACUGAGGAGUGUUGUUAACGUAAUUAAUAGUCAAAAAAACUCUGGUGAGUCGAGUUGUAGUUCAAAAUGUAGUUCAACGAAUCGAAGUUAUAAUACAAACAAUUUUACGCUGGAGUCAGAGGCGAAACCGGACGAUACGGACCGGUCGACGGGCAGCAGCGUACGCGGAAUGGUCACGGACUACUCUGAUUCCGAGGACGAUCUGCCCCUAAAUCUUUCUAUAGCGAACGCAUUCUCUUCACUGUAAAUAUCUCAAAAACAUAAACAAACAUUGUGAUAAUUUUAUAUUAUUUAUGGAUUAACUUACUAUUUUAAUGAGCUGGAUCUCGAAAGGAUCGCUUAGUGUGUCAUGCAUCUGUACUGUUAAUUCAUUCGUUCAUUUUAAUAUUUGCUAAUAGAAUUAAAAUUUAAUGUAAUAUGUAAAAAUCAUUCAAUUAAAUUAUUUAUUUUAAUCCAACAUUUCUGAAAUAAAAAAUGAGACUCGGAACAGAUCCUAGCAUCAUAUCGCAUGCCAUGUUUGUAAAUAUUGUAAUAACUGCUGUUCUCUUAAUUUUUUUUUUGUAAGAUAUCUUUUCAUUAAUUUUCAUCCAAAGUCUAAUAUUGAUUUUCGAAAAUUGCUAAAGACAUUAAGCGUUUACUUAUUGACCUUAAUCGCUUGAUUGUAUCUAAUACGAUCAUUGUUGAAUAAAGUCUAAUUCGAAGUAAUUUUACUAAAUGUAUUAUAUUCGAUCAACUGGCAAAUCACAAGCUAUAUGUACAAAAUUAUUCAAAAUACAAUGUCGUUUUAUAUCACCUUUAUUUUAGGAUAAUGUUAGAUUUUGUUUGAAAUACGGGUAUUUUUUAUCGAAUUUGAAGAUUCCAUUAUGAUUUACAAUGAGUUGAUAUAUAGCGAGAUGUUAAAUUAAACCUGAGAUACUUAAUUGUCAUAAAGGAAUACGAAUGUACCAACAGGACGUUGAGAAUGUAAAUACGACUACGUUCAGUACGUCUGAUGAGGUUUCAUUAUUUUCAUAGAAAAACUAAAACCGUAAUUCAUUUGUACAAAGUAAAUCAGAAGUGCUGAACUGUGUCGAAAUAAAAGUUAAUGUACUC